AUGCAAAGGAUAGGAAAGAACUGGAAGGAUACAAGACACAACUUGCAUAAGUGUUACAAAGAAACAAGGACUUUUAAGGAAAAUCUUAAGCAUCGCCCGUCAGGAAUAGAAGAAAAUGAAUGGAAAAGGUUCCUUGAAUAUCGCCAGAAGGAAGAAACAAAGGAGAAAGAACAAGGAAGGUCCGUUGGUAGAGGAGAGUUGUUUAUCAUCACUCAUAAGAAAAAAAAUGGUUCGUAUAUCCAUCCUGAUGCGCGUGUUGUUAGUGUAAAAGCAAUUGCGGAUGUUAAGAGGCAGGAUGAAUCCUCUAAGCACAUUUCACAAAAUGAUUCGCUAGCACAAGUUCUUGGAAAGGAGCACCCAAGACGAGUUCGUGCCUUAGGUGCUGGACCAUGUCCCAUCCAAAUAUUUGGUAAUGCUAUUGGACAACCAUCGGGUUCUGGUGAGCCAAAUCAAGAGUAUGAGAGGAGGAUUGUAGAAUCAACUGCUAAGAUAGAAGAAGAGUAG